AUGUCAACGUCGGGCACGGCGCUCGAGGCCAAGCUGCAGGCCGCGAGCUCAGCGUACUCGAAGCUGGAGACUGACUACGCAAAAGCUGUCGAGGCGCGGCAACGGCUCGACGCCCAGAAGACGGAGAACGAGAGCGUCAAGAAGGAACUCGCGGCCCUGACGCUCAAGAACAACGUCUUCAAGCUUGUCGGGCCGAUACUGAUGAAGCAGGAGCCGGACGAGGCGAAGCAGAAUGUGGACAAGCGAUUGGAAUGGAUCGGUGGCGAGAUCAAACGCGUCGAGACGAACCUGAAAGACCUCGAGACCAAGCUAGAAACUCGAAAGGUCGAGAUCGUCAACCUCCAAGGCCAAUACCAACAACAACUACAAGCCUCAGGCGCCGCGCCCUCGGCCGGUCCCGCAGCAAUCGCAGCCUGA